UGUGGAAGAUCAACGGCCGUUCGUCCAUUAAACUUUCGUUUCAAAAGGCGAGUUCGUCGGCCACCAAAUUCUCAUCACAUUCCACCAGUGUUAGUGUAAAACAAACAAAGGCCACAACCAAAAAUUAGCACCAUUUCUCUCUGAAUUUGCAAUAACAAUUUCUCAUAUCUCUCUCGGUAAAAGCUUUGUUAGAAAUGGCGGAUACAAAACCAGCAAAGAGGAAACCUGUGUUCAAAAAGGUUAUUGAGCUUCAGCCGGACACCAAGGGACACACUCUGAUUGUAAAAGUGGUUAGUUCGAAGAUGGUGUUGCAGAAGGGCCGUCCUGAUGGGAUCCAAGUUCGUCAGAUGAAGAUUGCUGAAUGCUUGGUUGGAGACGAAACCGGAACCAUCAUUUUCACCGCUAGAAAUGAACAAGUGGACUUGAUGAAACCUGGUGCUACUCUGAUUCUGAGGAAUGCUAGAAUUGACAUGUUCAAGGGAUCUAUGAGGCUUGCUGUCGACAAAUGGGGUCGAGUAGAAGUGACUGAACCAGCUAGCUUCACUGUCAGGGAAGAUAACAACAUGUCACUGGUCGAAUAUGAACUGGUUAGUGUUGUCGAAAAGUAGCAACGUUUAGAUCAAGGUGCCUUCGCAUACCUUGCAAGUUGCAAUUCUUGGAAAAGAUUUGAAAACAUUAAAGAUACAAUUUUCUAGAUUGGUAAAAUGAUGCCUAAGAACAUGUAUUGCUUAGCAGAAAUGUUGAAGCUAUUUUUAGGGGAAUCUAAUUUACAAGGAAGCUAGGCUGCUUAUGCUGCUGGCUUGGUUGUUUUAACUCUGGCGUGCUGCUCAGCUAGUAUGCCAGUACGUAUUGUAAGAGGAACUUGCUUGGUUAUUUGAUUUGUAUUAGAAUUCCCAUUGUAAUGAGAUAAUCUAAUGCUUACAGCUUAUAUGCAAGUGAGUUUCUGCUCUUUUCUUAUU